UUGUAUCCAAGUAUCCAUUUAAGUGAAGAUGCCUUUAUGUGCUGAGUGAUGCUGAUAUCUUGCGAAUCAACUUGAUGCAAUUCAUUUAUGUGAGUUACAUCUCACAAAUGGUGAAGUGAACAUCUCGCUCGUUCUAGUUAGAUAUAGAAGAAAGUACUCUUUCUGGAUAUUACGAUCAAAUUAACUGAAUGUAUUUUUCCUAACUGGUAUUGAACUCAGCUAUGAUGCCCACCUUUUAAAAUGUUGAUUUCGCCUCUGUGGUUUGUAAGACGCCUAUUCACUGUCCACCGUCAAGGCGUCUUUUUCAAAAAAGCCCAGGUUUUAACAAACAAAAACUAUGAUUAGCAGUUAGAUGAACGGAGAAAUUGAUGUAAGCAAAGUUGUCCUGUUGGUUCCUUAAAUAGUGAAUACAACAAUGGAUGGCCAACAACAUAAUGCGACCUAUGACUUCAGUGCACCUGUCCAACCUGUAGCUGUGGCAUCAUGGAGGGGGGCGUUUAAUAUCCCUAAUAAGAAUGUGGAUAUAAGUGUAGUUGCUCAUGUGUCGAACAAAGCAUGCAUGAAAGUGCUGGAGGUAGCUAAUAUAAUGCCUGAGUCAUUACGCCUGGAAAUGGUUUCACGUCUUGAUGUAUGGCCAGCAUUAUUUAGGAGCUCACCACCGACUGAACAUAGCAUGGCGCUCUUCUUCUUUCCGGACGGAAGGGAUGGAGAACUUCUUGAUAGUGUUAUCGCUGAGGCAGUCUAUUCAGACUUUGCCUUUCGAGCAAUGAUUGGGGAAACUGAACUCUUGAUAUUUACAUCUGUCCAACUGCCAAAGAAGCUACACAGACUCCUUGGAAAACAUUAUCUGUGGGGAGUUUUCAGGGGACAACCAGCUGCUCCUUCGCAUCAAUCUGAUUACCAUGUUCAUAUUCAAAAUCCUAGAAUGAAGCAGGAAACAUAUAUGAAUUCUGGCAACCACCGGAGCUUUGAGGGAUGCAGUCCAGUAAAUUUUUCUAUUGAGCAGAGUCCGUCAAGUUAUGCUGCUAAAUCUGAUAAAAGAGGGAGACAUUUGGAUGAUGCUUGGAUACAUGCCAAACCAUUGGAUGAGUUAAGACAGAAGUCGGAGUGCAGGUAUUGUGGUUUUGUUUCUUCACAUGGGGGAAUAUCACGACUUAAGGCACAUUUGGGUGGUGGUAUUGCUACUAUUCAUUUACCUGGCUGCCAUAAGGUGUCACCAGAAAUAAAAAGAGUUAUGGCUGACUGGUUCAAUGAAUGGGUGAAAACCACAAAAGCUGUUUGGGCAAAGGGCCUUAGAGCUGAAUCGUCAGCACAUGAUGAUAGAAGGGAAAAUCUGCAUGGUUUUACUUGGGAACAACACGCCAAGCCAGUAGAAUUAGCCGGGAAAAAUAGGACAGAAAGCAAGUAUUUUGGCUUCGUUUCUUUUGAUGGUGGAGUUUCACAUUAUAAGUUAAACUUGGGUGUAAGAGACCAAAAGAUGCACAUGGAUACUUGGCCUAAUGCAUCUCCUGAAGUAAAAGGCAAUCUACCUCAGAAGGUAAAAAAGUCCAAGGCUUCUAAGCCACGCGAAAUGAAAGGCUUAAUGUCAGAAUGGGUGAAUGACAUGGAUAAUUCCAAAACAAAGAAGCCAGAAGCUGAUUCACAGGUUGAAAGGAGAGGAAGGCCAUUAGAUGAUGCCUGGAAACAUGCGAAGGCAUUAGAUGCAGCCCGACAAAAAACACAAUGCAAACACUGUGGUUUUGUUUCUUCAUACGGUGGAAUCUCUCGCCUAAAGGCACAUCUUGGUGGUGGAUGUCCUCAAAUGCAAUUGCAGGGUUGCUCUCAGGUGCCACCAGAAGUUAAACAAGUUAUGGAACAGUGGUUCACCGAAUGGUCAAAAACCUCAUCUGCUGCUUGGACCAAGAACUCUGCUCCGGCUAAAUCAUGUAAGAGAGGAAACCCGGCAGAUGAAGAUAUGUGGGAACAUGCUAUACCACUGGAUGAACUGGGACAGACCACAAGAUGCAAGUAUUGUGGUUUUGUUUCGAAAUGUGGAGGAAUUGAUCGAUUGAAAGCGCACUUGUGUGGUGGCGAUCCUGCAAUGCAGUUGGAAGGGUGCCCAAAUGUGCCUACCACACUCCUCCGAGCUUUCAUGACAGAAAAAAACAAGAAACACAAAAAAAAAUCGAAGGGUGUAUCCAUGGAACAACCUGUAAGUGACGUAUUUCAAGUAAACGAGAGGGCAGCGGGCAACAGCCAGUGGUACGAAAAGCGCCACCAUGUUCUUCAAGAAACAAUGGAUGAGAUCACGAAUUCGAGCCUCAAGGGGAGUCUCCAGAAGCUAAUAUACAAUAAAAACGCCAAGGUACAAAGAAUGCACUUCGAACUUCAAUCGUUGGAGAAUCACUUAGCUUCGAUCCCUUAGAAAAAUUUGAUGUCAAAAGGCAGUAGAACUUGUGGCUAAUCUUACUAUUAAUAUGCCGGAGGCAGUCGAGGCUCGACUACGACCACCACCAGUGUCCGGUCGUCGUCGUCGAAUUCGCCUCGAGCUGCUGCUUGGCCUGAGCAUUUGGUACUCAGUUGCAUUAUGUCAAAUAUUCUAAAACCAGUUUCUUUUGGAAUGUUUUGUGAAUGUAGCUCUUGAAAAUA